AACUGAUUGGAAUCGAGUCUAACGAUAAGACAUGCAUGGAUGUUGAUUGUUUAAGGCUAAGCCCCCCAACCGCAGUCUCCGAUAGAGGACCCAGCCCAUUAAUGAGACAGGUCCAUAUCUACCCUCGACAACCGAGCAAAUCCAGAUGCCAUGUGAUGUGAUCCAAACUUGCUAAUAAUCUUAUUUCAACAAAAUAAUUUAUUCCUAAUUGACCGAGUAACUGUGCAAAGCAUAGAGUUCUGGAAUUAAAGUAGUUUUUGCUUCUUUUAGACAAGAUGUCAUUAGUUUGAGCACAUGAAACAAUUAAUUGAACAUCCUCGAUCAAAUUAAAUCAUGUGAAAUUGGUCUCUUUCAGUUCACUCUGUUUUCCAGGUGGACAUGAAUAAAUGUUUCAAGUUUAAUAAAAGAGGAGACAUGUACGCCACAUCUGGAAAGUGAGUGUCGGUGGCGGGCUAGCAUCAUCCUUGUUUCCUUAUUUGUUACUACUUUAAACGCCGUCGUUUCUGUAUUUGUUUUUGGUUGAAUAUCAUUAAUGGAGAGUGAACGAUGCCGUUUCUAAGAUUUGAAAAGCGAAAACGCCGUGAGGUGAAAAAUUUACGUUAGGAUAUACGGCGGCCUCCACUUUCUCUCUGUUUCCGGCCGAAAAGACUAUCGGUUCGAGGAAAACGAUGUUUGGACAGACAAAGCGGAAAGUAAACGUUUAAACUUGGUCGUUGUCGGGAUAUUAAUUAUAUAUAAUAGAAAUGAACAAGAAAGCCUUGGCCAUUUUGAUGCGAGCCAGAAUGAGACCUAACGAUCUAAGCAAGCUCGCCCUUUCUCCUCUCUCUAAUGAGGUUAAUCAAAUGCUAUCAAAUUCUCAAGGAAACCAAUCCGGUACAAACGUGGCACGCCUUGCUACUGAGGACGGAAACGAAAAUCUCAAUAAACAAAGGUCGUUCCAGGCUGUACGAGAAUCAAUGCACUCAGCUAUAUCGAUGAACAAAACUGAAGUUCUAGACUCUGUACUUAAUGAAUUUUCGGAGGGUUAUUUUAGCCUUUCUUUUGAGAACCGCAGCAAAUUACUGCUGACACUUGCCAAAGAGUAUGAUCUCAACCGGACUCAAGUUCGUGAACUCAUAAAGCAAUAUCUUGGCCUUCAAUUACCCAGUGGAAAUGCUGCUCAAUCAGGAGGAGUUGAAGAUGAAGGCUUUCUUUCAACAUUCUAUCGCAUAGAGAGAAAUUUGAGACACUCCCUUAAGCCAGUGUAUGAAAUUCUCUUUGAGCGGCUCAACACACACCCUGGAGGGCUGAAGUUUUUGACCAUUCUUCGGGCUGAUAUUUUUUCUAUUCUUGCAGAAGAAAAUAUUGCCUCAUUGCGAGCAUUAGAUUCCUAUCUGAAAGAGAAACUUAGUACUUGGCUUAGUCCUGCUGCUUUAGAGCUCCAUCAGAUUACAUGGGAUGAUCCUGCUUCUUUGCUGGAGAAAAUUGUGGCUUAUGAGGCAGUGCAUCCAAUAAGUAAUCUUAUUGAUCUUAAGAGAAGGCUGGGAGUUGGUCGUCGUUGUUUCGGAUAUUUUCAUUCAGCCAUACCUAGUGAACCGCUUAUUUUUAUUGAAGUUGCACUUUUGAAGAAUAUAGCACAAACAAUACAGGAAGUUUUGUGGGAUAAUCCUCCAAUUCCUGAAAAUGAGGCAACAUGUGCAUUAUUUUACUCCAUAUCGUCAACUCAGCCUGGCUUGGCAGGAAUCAACCUGGGAAAGUUUCUUAUUAAACGUGUCAUUACAUUGGUUAAAAGAGAUAUGCCAGACAUUUCUGUGUUUGCUACACUUAGCCCUAUCCCAGGAUUCAUGCAGUGGCUUCUAUCCAAGUUGGCAUCCCAAUCAAAACUUGCCGAAGUAGAAGACAUAUCAUGUUCAUCAGCUGAUAGAUCUGGGUUAACUUUCUAUGAGAAUGUACUUGAACCAGAAGAAGAAAGAGCACUUAUGGAUUCAUCCGGGGAUCUUGCUGCUGGAAAAAGUGGCAUGGAAAUAAUGUUGAACUUGCUGAAACCAACAAGCCAUGAGUGGACUAAUUCAGCUAAAUUGCUUUCGGCAUUAAAACCACCUCUAAUGCGGCUAUGUGCUAGGUACCUUCUGCAAGAGAAAAAGAGAGGGAAAGCUCUAGAUUCUGUUGCAAACUUCCAUUUGCAGAAUGGAGCGAUGGUUCAAAGAAUAAACUGGAUGGCUGACCGAUCAGAAAUAGGUCUACAUCAAAGUGCAGGUAUCAUGGUGAACUACGUCUACAGGCCAGAGAAUAUUGAAGAAUAUGCUCAGUCGUAUUUCAGCACAGGACAUAUCCAUUCUUCCUAUGAUGUGCAACGAUACAUUCAGCCAUUGACGGAAAUUGAAUCAAGCACAGAUUAGGAUGAGUGAAGGCAGAGAAUGAAACUAUGUUUUUAGUGCUUAUUAACUUGCUUUAUUCUUGCUGUUGCUACCUGUGUUUUAGUCUUAGGAUUGCAAUUUCCUCUUCCCUAGAAAAUGAGAUAUAAACGCACGCACCUUUAUUGGCUGUAAAUGCUCCAAUGUUCAUAUAUGGCAAAUAGCUUCCAUUAAUGAUUUGAAACCGUUGGGAAUAAGAUU